GCGAGAGCAGCUCCGGGAGCAGAUUCCUCAGACUCUGCUCAUCCCACCAGGAAGACUUGAAACCUGGGUUAAUUCUCCUCAGCCAAAAAAAAGAAAAGAAAGAAAGACUCGAUAUUUGAAGUGCCAAUUUUGCCAGUGAUAAAACCCCGUCUCUGAAGGAGUUUGAGCAGGAUGCAAAGAGCGUCGCGGCUGAAGAGGGAGCUCUCCCUCUUGACCACGGAGCCGCCCCCAGGAAUCACCUGCUGGCAGAAUGGAAACCAGCUGGACAACCUGCACGCACAAAUUCUAGGAGGUGCAGACACACCAUAUGAAAAAGGAAUAUUCAACCUGGAAAUAGUUGUUCCUGAAAGGUACCCGUUUGAGCCCCCGAAGAUUCGCUUUCUCACCCCUAUCUAUCACCCGAACAUCGACUCCGCUGGAAGGAUUUGCCUGGAUGUUCUUAAAUUACCUCCAAAGGGCGCCUGGAGACCGGCCUUGAACAUCUCCACGCUGCUGAGCUCCAUCCAGCUGCUGAUGGCAGAGCCCAACCCCGACGACCCUCUCAUGGCAGACAUAUCCUCGGAGUACAAGUACAACAAGCAGCUCUUCUUGCUAAAUGCCAGAGAGUGGACGGAGAAGUACGCCAGCCAGCAGAAGAGGGUUUCCAAGCCUUUGGAAGAGAAAAUAAACCAAAGCGAGACGAGCACCACCGACGGAUCCGCUGUGCAGAAGAGAAAAGGGAGUAACCUCAGCAAGAAGGAGAAGAAAUCCCGCCUGGAUUCCUGAGGGGGGUCUGUUCCCCUCGUGGCUGUCGCCGCUGCCUUCCCUGUCCUUGUCUCCAUACACAGGUUUUCCUAAAUAUUUUAACUGACACGUAGCUGUAGCUGCUUUGUUUUCCUAUUUCCUAGGAUUUUUUGUGUGAAAAGUUCAUUAUAUAAAUAAAAUAUAAAGCUUUAACUUA